AGUUCUUUGUUAUUGUGAUCAUUGGUGAGAUCGGAAGAUGGAUGGAAAAGGGUACGCAUGGGCAGUUUCCGCUGGAUUCAACGCCGCUCUUGCAGCCAUCUUCGCUAAGCUCUCAUUUCACAUCCUCAUCAAGUAUGGGUUUGUGGUAUUGUUCAAUGUAAUGAUGUGGGGUUGUUAUGUCAACAGUCUUAAAGCUCUCUCGUCUCUUCAAGCCACCGUCACCAAUUUUGCCACCAAUUUCAUCUCUUCUGGUUUAGCUGGUUUCUUCUUAUUUCAGGAAUCACUCUCUUUCCAGUGGUUUGCAGGUGCCCUACUCAUAAUAAUUGGUGUUAUAAUACUGAGCAACUCAAGUAUUGAGAAGAAGGUUAGCUCUGAUUAGGUGUUUGCAGUUCAUCGUGAUACCUUUCAUGCUUGCUUGUUAAAGACUUGGAAGCUAGCAUCCACAACUGUAACAUCAGGAAUAGUAUAGUCAGAUCAUCUUCUCGGUAGUUAAUCUGCAAUUGAUUGAUUUAUUUAUUUAUGCGGUUCUAAUGUAUAAUGCCAAUAGUUUAGAGGUUGGCACUCUGCUGUUAUAUUUCUAUGAUAUUGGUCAUGUUUAUAGGUUCUCUUUGGUUCUUUUCUUCUAAUUGAAUUGGAUAGCUUUGGUGCAUUUUUUUUUGGCACAAACAUCUCCGGGUGCAUUUAUAAGAGAGCUUUGUAAAAAGGAAACAGUUCAAUAGCUUUUCAAAAAAAGUGUUUCUAUUGGCUGGGAAUUGACUUAUUGUAUUUGAAAUGUAAAGUGUGAAGAAUCUAAAUGGAUCUAAUUGUUAUUAAUCUGGCUGAGAAAAUUUUGGCUUGUUGAAGCCCUUGUAUUCUAUAUUUGUCUGAGACAUCUUUUGUGUAAAAAUAUCAUAUGACCUGACUUGGGAGAUGUGCUGCACAAAAUAAGAAUGUAAUUUCACUUUCACCUGCAUUUUGGUUUUUGCUUAGCAAGGAAUAAAAUUUAUCUGAGCAGCUUAU